UUAUAGUCGAAAAAGCGCAGGAUUCGUUUUCUUUCCACCACAUGGCAGUACAUUUGAAAUCAAAUACAGAAGACCUACGGUCGGUUUUCAAUAAGUACGCCAGUGUUAGCAAAAAUGGUCAAAUGUAUAUGACUCCGAAAGAUUUCGCUGUCAAAUAUCUACGUUUAUUCAAUGAGGAAAAUUACAAUGUAUCAUCAGUUAAUUGUAUUGCUAGUGCUGCCGAUACCACAAAAGAUGGGUAAUCAAGGUUAUUGUGAUUGUUUUUUUAAUUUGAGCAUCUAUUUUCACCUCAAUAAUAAAUAUAUGUGUAAGGAAAAAUAAGAUCACAAUAAAACCAUAAAAAUCCAAAUAAAUAUUUAUGUAUGUGAAAACACUUUUUCCUACACACCAGAUAUCUCAUACGCACUACAAAAAAUUCUUACUUUCAACAUAGUUAACAUAAUUAGAUGACCUGUUUAGUACACAGUUGACUGGAGAACCAUGUACCUAUUUAUAAUCAAUAAUUUUCAUGUUGAACUAUGUUCCCUUGAAAAGACUCGGGCCAGACUGCCGAUAGAAACACUGGAUUUACUUGAAAUUCAGUCACUGAGAUUUUCACAAAUAUAAUUUUCCUCCUUAAUGUCUUACUUUAAUUUGGCACUGAACUAUUGUGAAACCGUUCUUCCAAAUUUAGAUGAAAGUCCUUAUAAAAUAUGUAUUUGGUAGGUAGCUGCAUUUGCUAUGCCUGUGGAGGUACACUUUAUUGGUUCAGUUACUUAAGACUACCCAAUAGAUCAUCAACUUGAAUUUCGAUCUAAUUGUCGAUAUUUGGACAGGAAGCAGUAUAAUGGACUAUCAGUAGGAGUGAAGUAUGAUAAUAUGAACGUGGAAGAUAUUCAUAUCUCCCAAGGAUUCGAUUAUCGAUAUGUUUACAAGCGUUAUUUUAUAUAUUCCUACUUACUUAAGCCCAUAGAUUCUGAUACGUCACUGAGGCAUAUACCACACCAAAGAAGCAAUGAUUUGUGGAGUGUUUAGGUGAAACCUCGCUUACAUUUACUAGAAUAGAGCUAUACAGAUGCAACCAUUCUUCACUUUCCUCUAUGUCUUUAGUAUUGAUUGGAUCUCAUAUAUUUUAUUCAGAGAAUUCGUACAUUCCUUUCGAACCAUAUUCUUCAUAUUCGCUUUGGUGUUUGUGUUAUUUUUACUCAUUUGAUAUUCAUCGUGUUAGUUUCAUUUCGAUAUAUUAAUGCAGUGUCGACUUGGGUCUAUGGACACUUAUUUCAGGUCCUAAAUUGAUUAUGGCCGGUUCAUUCAUUAUCUUCUAGUAGGUCUUAAAUACUGUGUUACCGUAGACUUUCUAUCUAUCGGUUUCACUCUGUCCUUUUGUUUUUUCUAUCUAACUGGUUUCUGACUACUGUUAGUUGCUUAUCCGAUUGUUCAAUCUUUUUCAGUGAGGUAUGGGGACCUGGACUGAGACGAAUUUGUUCCGAUCUCUUCAUUUCCCAAAUGUCUAUCAUUUGUACGUCACCAUAAUACUCUUAUGGUAUAUCACCCUAUACACUUAUGUUGAUCAUUCCACUGACUGGGUAGGAACUAACGAUCUAGACAGGCGUAUCACAUGUCCAUCAAUGCACGAUUGAUUUCUUUCGAAGAAUUUCUUGCAUUUGAAGCUCUUCUGUGCACAUGCGACUCUUUAUAUUCGUGGACAUUUGAACUGUUCAAUCGAGACGGUCUCGGGGUCAUAUCAUUUGACAAUUUUAAGAAAACACUCGAUAUGACAUCGGUGAAUAAAGAUUUUACGUUUAAUUUCGAUUGUGAUUUCAUCAACCUGCAUUUUUCCAAGGAUAGAUCACGUAAAAUUCCUUACGAUGAGUUUACACAAAUAAUUCAUGACUUCAAUAAUGAACAUGCUAUCCAAGCCUUUAAACAAAUGGAUCAAGAUAAAACGGGAACGAUUACAGUUGAUCAGUUUAAAAGUAUUAUUUUGCAGUUGAAAAGUCAUUUGUUGACUUCUUUGAUUAAAGAAAAUUUACUCACAGUUGUCUUACAAGGCGAAAUGAAUGGUGGUCGUAUUACCUUUGCUUAUUAUAUGGCUUUCAUUGCACUCUUGACUAAUAUGGAAUUAGUUAAAAAAGUGUAUCUAAGUCGAACUAAUGGGAACGCUAAAGUAGAAUUAACUAAAGAGGAAAUGUUGAAUGCAGCACAAAAUUUCUCUCAAAUCACACCAAUGGAAAUGAAUAUUUUAUUUCAGCUCAUUUCACUUCUUCGAAAAGAUGGACGCGUUACUUAUCAAGAUUUAUGCGCUAUUACUCCCGUGGAAGAAAAUUCUAUGUCACACCAUAUGCAGGCUCGACUUCAGGGAACUUCUGGGAAUAAUGUAAAUGUACCUCGUGGAAGAAGUGUUUUAAUGUCCAUACUUGAACAAUGUUAUCGGUUCACUUUAGGCUCAAUUGCUGGUGCAUUCGGAGCUACUGCCGUCUAUCCAAUCGAUCUUGUUAAGACAAGAAUGCAAAAUCAACGUGCUACUGGAUCAACUACGGGUGAACUUAUGUAUAAAAAUAGCUGGGAUUGUUUUCGUAAAGUUAUUCGAUUUGAAGGAUUUUUCGGUCUGUACCGAGGUUUAGGACCACAGAUAUUAGGUGUUGCACCAGAAAAAGCGAUUAAACUUACCGUCAAUGAUUUAGUUCGUGAUCAGUUUACGAAACCGAAUGGUGAUAUCUCAAUAUAUGCUGAAAUAUUAUCUGGAAGUUGUGCAGGAGCAAGUCAAGUAAUUUUUACUAAUCCUUUGGAAAUCGUAAAAAUACGACUUCAAGUUGCUGGAGAAGUCGCUGAUACAAGGCGUUUAUCAUCCUUCUCAGUUGUCAAAGAUUUAGGACUUUUCGGACUUUACAAAGGAUCACGAGCUUGUUUUUUACGUGAUAUCCCAUUUUCAGCUAUAUAUUUUACUUCAUAUAGCCAUUUGAAAAAGUAUUUCGCAAAUGAAAAUGGUUGUAAUUCAUCAACAAGCUUAUUACUGGCUGCAACAAUUUCUGGAGUUCCUGCAGCAUUUUUAGCCACACCAGCAGAUGUAAUCAAGACAAGAUUACAGGUUGUAGCGCGUACAGGUCAAACAACAUACACAGGAGUAAUUGAUGCGGCUAGAAAAAUUUGGCGUGAAGAAGGUGGUCGGGCAUUCUGGAAGGGAUCUGGUGCUCGCGUAUUUCGAUCUAGUCCACAGUUUGGAGUGACACUUUUAUCAUAUGAAACACUUCAAAGAUAUCUCAACUUUGAUUUUGGUGGAAGAGAACUCUCUGGUAAACCAAUUAAUUGUCAUACUUCAGUAAUUCCAACUAAUCCUGAUCAUAUUGGCGGUUAUCAAUAUGCAACAACCACAUUUUGUGGUAUUGAAUCACGUUUAGGAUUAUGCUUUCCAAAAUAUGCAUUGAAUUAAAAUGAUUUGUUUUGUUAAUUUGUGCGCCUACAUAAUUCAAUCUCGGUUCGAAAUCCUUAUAUUUUUUUCUAUUGAAUUCCUUUUUUUUUUAAUUUUUAUUUAAUGUGACAAUAAUGAUGGGUUCUUUUUUGUAAACUGUAUUUUAUUACAAUUCUCAGGUGAACUAGGUUUUGCAUAGAAAGCUUAUUCUAUAAAGGUAUUAGAUUAGUUAUGAUAAACAAACUAUCCAUAUUCAUAUACAUAUGCACAACUUUUAACGUAAUAUUUGCCUAAUAUUUCCUCUGUUCAUAAAUGUCGUAAUGGAUAUCAAAAAAUAUAGGAUGUAUUCACAUUUGUUCUCCUUGUUCUCUUUCUAUCUUUAACUUGCUUUCUUUCUGUAUUCACUAUCGACAUCAUAAGACUACAAUUGAAAAGUUCAUUUUAUCUGUGCUAUUGUUUCUUUUCUGUCAUAUCUAUGAAUAAAGUAUUCUGUUAUUUUGCAUUAUAGUGUUUAUGGUUGUUUUUUUCUUUUCUGUUUUAUUACAUAAAUCUCUCUUCCGAUCCAAAGUCUAACGGUAUAUUUCCAACGGUCAUUUCGCUAAUUUAUAGUGUUAUUUUAUUCCAUUUCAUUGUAUUAAUAUACUUUUUAAUUGUACAAUCGACAGUAUAUUAAUAUAUUCUGUCACCUCUCCUCGAUUAUUACUGAUACUCUUACAUCAUCCAAUAUUUUUUAAGGGUAAUGACAUCUAAAGUAACUUAAAUUAUUGUUUUCAAAUUUCUCACAAUUUUAUUUUAUAUUAAUUAUGAACAAGUAUUUCUCAGCAGAUAUAAUGACUACAAUUGUACUUAUUAUUUCCUUAUUAUUGUACUCGAUUUUUCUGCAUAAAAUGUUUAAAUAAUGG